AUGUCUGAUUACGAGUCCGACCCAGACUCCGACGACCUCGACUUGGCUCUGCCACAAAUAGUUCUGGACGCCCUCAACAUGCUACGGGCCUCUAGAAAUGGUGUUGUUUAUGGAUCACGAAUCCGCUUUGCGCACGCAAUUGCUGUCUCUUUCAUCUUUCGCAGAAACGUGCCCUUGCUCAAAAGAGUGACUGGAGCCGCGAGCUUAUCGUUACAGCAUGCCAAAGUGCUGGCUGGAUUUGCUGUGAUAUACCGAGGAACACUGUAUUUUUUGAGAAGAAGCCGCAUAUUCAAAUCUCACAAGUUUGUCCAUUUUAUUGCGGGUGCAGUUGCUGGUUUUUUCGUGUAUGGCCAGCCGUUCAAGAAUGCGAAAUUUGCCAGAGCAAUCACCCAUCAGGUGACUUUGUAUCUGAUUUCGCGACUGGUACUUGCGCUCGGCAGCAUUUUGGCCGAGAAACUCAGUUAUGCUGUUCUGGAGAACGACUGGUCACCCAACACGCUUUCUGAGGUUCAUUCAGCGAUCACCAGCAACGCGUGGACGGUGACUGCUGCUCUUUCGUGGGGUGCAUGCAUGUAUCUGUACCAGACGGAUCCGAAACAUAUUCACAAAUCUUUGAGACAUAGUCUGGAUUACAUGUACAACAAUGACAAUUGGAGUGGUGUCAAGGGCUUUUUGGGGUUGUAG